AUGAAGUUCUCCCUCCUUUCCCUGGCAUUUCUCGUGCCCUUGGCCGCCGCUCACUUCCGCCUCGACUACCCAGAAGCACGCGGCGAGAAUGAAGACCAAAUGCCCAAUUUCCCCUGUGGCGGGUUCUCGCAAUCCUCGAAGCGCACCCAGCUCCCGCUCUCGGGCUCGAUCCCCGUCGCGCUGACAAUGAACCACAUCCAGACCGCCACGCAGGUCCUGCUAGCCCUGGGUAAUGACCCGGGGGAUAAUUUCAACAUCACCCUAGUGCCGACCUUCCGUGUGAGCGGGCUGGGAUCGUUUUGCCUGCCGCAUGUCGCCCUGGACAAGAGUCGGCUGGGCACCAGCCUGACCGAUGGAAUGAAUGGAACUAUCCAGGUGCAGACGAGCGGUGACCCGACCGGUGGUCUAUAUUCUUGCGCCGACGUUCAAUUCUUUUCAAAUGCCACCUACCACGAGCCCUCUUCAUGCAAGAACAACACCAAUAUCGCGGCGACAUCUUUCUCUGGAGCGGCGGCCCAACGCAAUGCUAAUGAGUCUACUUCCGAGGGCCAGCCGCAGGGCGGCUCGAAGGGCGGCUCGACUACCUCCAUGGGUGGUGCCGCGCCUUUGCAAACGGCGGCCUGGGGUGUUUUGGGUGCUGCCAUCGCUGGUAGCAUUGUUGUGCUAUAG